AUCAAUAGAUUAAAUGGUUCAUUUAUCUCUUUUUGGCUCUGCAGCAUAUUUAGGCAAAACUUAAAUUAAUUUUUUUCUUGACUCUGCAGCCUAUUUAUGCAAAACUUAAUUUCUCAUAAUGACUGAACGUUUUUUACUCCAGGGUAAAUGUAUUCAAAAUUAAAAUGUCGAUAUUAUAAUUGUGAUAGCAGUGUUGGAGAACUCUUCUUUCCAGAUGUAAUGAAGAUUAAAACGUCAAGUCUACCAGCCAAUGCGAGUCACAAUUGAUAGCCUGAUGGAUCGCCCCCCAAUCAGAACCGAAAACCUCGCUCAGUGGAAGUGCUGGUAAGUACUACGGACGUGCUCAUUUCAAAAAUACAUAAUUCAAGAUUUGAUGAUAAUUAAAGGCAUAAUGUAUCUUUGCGUCGUUGUCGACAAUCUUGAAUUGUCCGCUAUUUUGACGCGAUGUCAGUAGUAGGAGGGUAAUGAAUAAAAGACAGGUGAAAUUGACCUCAGUUUGAACCAAAUUAAUGAAAACCCCGCUUUUGAAACAGAAGUAAUAUAUGAAUGAUUCACAACUGGCGUUGAAUGCUGCGACUAUUUAUAGCCAGGCAAUACAACCUUUUCACGUACGGUACCGAAGUGCUUCAUUCAUCCCAAUUCAGAAAAAAACUUUGCGAUUCACAAGAAAAAGAUAAGGAUGGAAAACGAAACUUUCGUUGGAAAACAAACAACUGCGGAGAACUUAUACUGUUCCCUUGACGAAGCCCUUGUUGAAGACGUGAAGCAGUUGUUGAUAUUUUUCGCAGCUUUUAACAUUUUUCUGUCCUUGGUUGCAUUUCUGGGAAACGCUGUAAUACUCGAUGCGCUUCGUAAAGAGUCUUCCAUCCGUCCACCCUCAAAGCUCUUUUUUCGCUGUCUUGCAACAACUGAUAUUUGCGUUGGAGCAUUGAUCGGGCCUCUCGCUGCCUACUAUUGGAUAACUACCGCAAAUAAGCGAUUGAUUCAUUGUCAAAUUGUUGUCUCCAUCCUAUUCAUGACCGCAAACAUCUUAACCCUGGUCUCUCUGUUGACGGUGACUGCGAUAAGCGUGGACAGACUACUCGGCCUGUCAUUGGGACAGAAAUUCAAACAUGUUGUUACUUUGAAGCGAACAUACGUGGUUGCAGCUGCCUUUUGGAUCACGGCCAUUAGCAUUGCAGUACUGCCCCUGUAUAAUUUCCUCCUCUACUCAUGGUGCAUCUAUACAAUUAUAACAUUAUGUCUAGCAACCGCGAUAUUCACUUACACCAAGAUAUUCUGCACGCUCCGUCACAAUCACAACCGAGGAGUCUCCGCUAUGCAUCAUAUGACUCCGCUAACUGUCGCGCGUUACAGGAAGGCAGUAUCCAGCGCCCUUUGGGUGCAAGCCACGAUGGUCGUUUGUUUCUCACCGCAUGUUGUAGUAGGUAUACUGGGACAAGUUUUGCCUCAGAGUAAACCUAUAGCCUCUUUGCUUUUUAUUACAAAGGCGUGUACAGUGACUUUAGUUUACUUAAACUCGUCAUUAAACCCGAUUCUUUAUUGUUGGAAGAUCAAAUCAAUCAGAAAUGCAGUGAAAGCCAGAGUCAAACAAAUUUUUUGUUGUUAAUCUGCUGUUUCAUUUUUCGUUAUA